AUGACCUCAACUAUCGCUGGACUCAAAAUACCAUCGGCAGAUCUCUGUCAUGUACAAUGGAGAUCAUUAGCAUGGGUACUAGAAAACGGACCGUUAAAUGAAACGAAUGCCAUGGAAUACUUUUCACAUUCACCAUUUUAUGAUAGAAGAUCAACAAAUCAAGUAUUACGAAUGCAGUCUAUGUUUUCAGGUCAACCACCACUUGAUUCAAAGGCAGAAAAAGAAGCUUUGAAGAAAUUAGUUGGAAUUGAAUAUACUCUAGUGGUUUCUAAACCUGAAGAUGACCGUGAAGGUGGUUUAUUCGUAAUUGAAAAGAGAGAUAGAAAAAACCCCGAAGAAUCUUAUCCGAUUACUUCUUAUUAUAUCCUUAAGACAUGCAUUUAUCAAUCUCCUUCAUUUCACGCCGCUUUAUCAUGUCGACUACUCACUUCACUUUCAUCUCUAUCAGAUCUUUUAGAUCUUGCACGAUCUCGUAAACCAAUCUAUGAUCCACAACAAGGUUAUGCAUGGAAGAUCAAAACGAGACAUCAGGGUUUUGAAGGAGGAUCAAAUACAAACGAACAUCAAGACCAAGAUCCAAAUCAGCCUGAACUUUCAGCUUAUGAAGCUCAACCGAUCUCUCCAGUUCAACGUAGACGACCAUCCAAUCAUUUACCAAUGGAUAUCGAUAAAUUAGAAACAUCAAACACAAAGAUUACACCUACAGGAGUCAGAAAUCCAUUGGAUGAUAAAGUCGAAGUUCGGAAUAUUCCAUUAGAAAGAGCCUUUCAAAACGCAUUAGCUAUGUUUUCUAAACCUGAUGAUAAUCCUACUCAACCUUCUAUCACGAUAACUGAAGUAAAUCAUUCAUCAAAUCCUCAAGAUGAUCUUAAUAACCUUUCUCAAGCUGAAUUGAAUUUGAUCAACUCGAAUUCAAGUUUUAAUUUAUCACAUUCUUCUAAUGAUACACAGAGUCAAGAGUCUUUGAUGGAUGAGACGAUUGGUGGAAAGAAAACUAACUCGUCUGGUAAACGUAAAGUUAAACGUACCACUUGA